GCUAAUUUCUCAUCCAGACACAUUAAGUCAUCAAUAGUUUUCAUAUUCCAGAAUCCAGAUAUUCCAAAAUGGUUGGCAUUAAGCUUGUUAUGAUAGUGGUUAUACUGGCCGGAAUAUUUUCCGGUUCCGUGGUGGGCCAGUCCGUUGGUAAUAUGGUUACACCAGGAUUUUUCAAUCGUAUACUUAACCAGGCUGGUUCGGGAUGUAAAGGGAAGACAUUCUAUAAACGAAGUGCGUUUCUUAAAGCCGCUGACUCGUUCCCUAAGUUCGGUCACGCUAGUAGUACAACGAAAUCAAAACGUGAAAUUGCUGCAUUUUUCGCUCAUGUAACUCGUGAAACAGGACAUUUCUGUUACAUAAGAGAAAUACAAGGAGGAACCUAUUGUCAGCCUAGCAGAGAAAACCCAUGUGCUCCUGGUAAAAAAUAUUAUGGACGAGGGCCACUCCAAAUUACAUGGAAUUAUAAUUAUGGACCCUGUGGUAGGGCUAUUCGCGUCAAUCUUUUAAGGAAUCCGGACCUUGCGGCUACCGAUGCAAUCAUUUCGUUCAAAACUGCACUUUGGUUUUGGAUGAAACGCGUUCAUUCUGUUAUAACUUCUGAUGGAGGUUUUGGUCGUACGAUCCGAAGAAUCAACGGUGGCGAAUGCGAUGGAGGGAACCCCCGGGCAGUUCGUGAAAGGGUGAAGUACUACAAACAAUACUGUAGUCAACUCGGUGUAUCACCUGGGCCGAAUCUUUCUUGCUAGAAAAAUUUGGUCAUGGAGUCGAUUAAUAUGCAAUAUAUGCUCUAAAUCAGUGUUUGUCUAAAUAUUUCAUGCUAUCGUUGUUAAGUUUAAUUACUCUAUAUCUAUGUUAACAGGUGUAUAACACCUGAAUAAUUACAAGUGAAAUAAAGAGCACUGUUUUAAUUGAUACACUGUGUGCAGUGUGUCAAUUAAGAAA